CACGAUUGGCUGUAAACAUACGUGUUAUUUAUUAGUCCUGUAAGAGGGAACCAUUGUCGUGAUCAAAUUGAUUCCCCCAUAGAGAUAAUAAUGUAUAACGAAGCAUUAUAACCGCGUUGGGACGAUGCUGGAUUUGUCGUAUGUAAACAUGUGCUUUGCUGCCAGAGACUGUUGAUUUAUUGAAUGUAUGUAAUUUGUGUUGAAACAUGGCUUUCCACUGGAACAUUAAUGACUUUUUACGACGCUCCGUGGUAGGUUAGUGUCCCAAUUAUUGAUGAAUCGUAAUCGGAGAGCACGAACGGGAUAAUUAUACUUUAUUUCUCUCUCAGGAGGAUACCACGUUGGACAUGGAACAUUUACACGAGCCGAUUUACAUAUGCCAGUCCGACAAGUAUAAAGUUUGCUUCGUCCUAGAAAAGCAAUGAAUCGGUUAACAAAGAUGGCGAUACGGCUGUCUGAGUGUUUGCCGGGACCCUGGGGGAGUGACCAUAAGGAAAACUUAGGAUGCAUUCCUUACAACUCUACGAUGCUUCUUCAGUGACGGGACACAAUUUACGGAUCAGUGACGAGGUAAUCACCAUGGCCGGUUACAUGACUAAUACAACAGAGGGUCCGUACGACAUGAUCGAACUGAAUGCCCUGGACUCAUAUGAAGGUUCCACCUCAAAUCAUGCACUGAAUCAUACACAAGACGAUGGCGUGUCUGCCUUAGUAGUAUUCAGCAAACGCUAUGCACCACUCCAUGGAUACAUCAGUGUCUUCGUUUGCGUCUUCGGAAUCAUUGCUAACGUUGCAAAUAUAGUAGUACUUACGCGUAAAAAUAUGAUAACAACGACCAACAUUGUCCUCACGUGGCUAGCCGUCACUGAUUCCAUGAAAAUGCUGGAUUAUCUGCCUUUUGUGACCUACUUUUAUAUCUUAAAGGACAAUGAUUUGGAUUAUUUCUCCUCGCGGAGUUACAGUUGGAUGUGUUUUCUGUUGUUCCACGCCAGUUUCAGUAUAGUUUGUCACACUGUGGCGAUAUGGUGUACCAUUGUACUGGCCAUCAUGCGAUUCCUCAUCAUUUGGUUCCCAGCCAAGGGGUCUAUGUGGUGUAGUCAUCGCCGUGCUAAGAUUUCUAUCGGAGUCGUUUACGUAUCUGUCGUCAUCAUUUGUAUUCCAAACUUCAUGAUGAAUACGAUGGAGGUAUCGCUCCAUAACGUUACGGACGUACACGGUAACACGUAUACAGACGUCAUAUACCAUUCAAAUGUACGGAAGGAGGGAGUGUUUUCUGUGGUCAGUAAUAUAAAUUUUUAUAUCCAGGCUCUCCUGGUCAAACUUGUCCCGUGUGUUACGCUGACCAUAUUCACUGUGCUGCUUAUCUACGCCAUGCACAAAGCUUAUAAGAAGCGUAUGGCACUGAAAAACCAAGGGAAGAAAGAGGAAUCGGAUCGUCAUCAUGAACAUAACCGAACCACGGGCAUGUUACUGGCCGUUGUGGUCCUAUUCCUCAUCACUGAACUUCCACAGGGCAUGCUCACUCUUCUUAUCAUCUUCAUUCCAUCGAUACAGACCACUGUUUACAACCCUUUGGGGGACGUGCUCGAUAUCGUAGCCCUUUGUAACAACGCUAUCAACUUCGUACUCUAUUGUAGUAUGAGCACGCUAUUUCGAGACACAUUUGUCCGAAUAUUUUGUAAUUGUUGUCCGAAAAAUCGUCCAGGUUGGUCAAAGACGAAACUUAUCACGAACGGAAAUGGUAGAAAAUAUAACUCAACUCAAGAUGGCACCACAGCUACGGAUGUGUAGAUAGUCAAUGGCAGACGCAAAUGUCUUGAUAUAUACAGGAAUUUAACAAGAGGACAACAACAAUGGAAAACUGCCGUUAAAGAAACAUUCAAAUUUUACUUGUAUAUAAAACAAAUGAUUUAUCGAGGUUGACCUAGUAGCAUCGCCAUGUGAACUAUAGAUGUAUUUCUUGAAUCCUCAAUAAUUAUCUUUAAACCAAGUAUUAGUCUUUCCUCAAUUGUCCAGAAUGAUGUCAGUUUAUGUCUCGUCUUGGGGCAAGUAUAUUCUAAGAAUAAGUAAAUUUUGGUGUAUCCUCAGUUUAGUCAUAGACUUCUAUGAAUGAAGCAACACGAGGUUUCUAAAUAGAGAAGUUAUCACUUCAAUAGAAAUAUUAUUGGAUAGUUGUUCAUUCACAAGGACACCACAAACAAACAAGUUAAGUCCACAGUUCAUAUAACGUCAAUGGAAUAUUUUAUGUGUGGAAGAAACUGCACGAUUUUGCAUUUGAUUAUCAAAACGCAAAUUUGUUGCUGGAUGGAUUACUACACAUCUAACCAUUAUAUGGUCGUUAUACAUUGUAUACUAGCUGUACAUCCAGUCUAAGAACCAAUGUGUCUUAACUGACAAACUUUUACUCUUACAAAAACAUAGCUUCAAUUGUACAACACCUUAAAAUAUUGAAUGUAACAGCUGUAUCGAUUGGCGAUAAAUCAUUACGUAGGAUAGGUAUGAUCACCAUAAAAACUGACAUGUAUGUCAGCAUCAUUUACUGGUGCAACACAUGUAUACAAUUGUUAUAGCAUUAAGAAGUAAGGUUAAAUGUGGAACUCAAAUAACAAAGACAUACUAUAUAACAGCACUGAGAAACUUUUUGUCUUGCAGGUCAGAACGUCAUCAUGGCACAUGAUAUACCACACAGCUGAUGAGCUCUCUCGAGCAAUAAGUGUACAUAUAGCUUUGUUUAUUUUAUCGUGGUGAUUUUGUCGUGGUAUGCACAUACUGGCCUGUACCAAGCACAUUGCAUCUGGUUUUAUUCCUAACAUUGAUAGUAAAAUUGCAUUGAAAUUUGAUUUCAUGAACCAUUGUAAUUAAUUAAAUAAAUUCAUAUUUAUUGCCAACGAACAUUUGUAAUUAGAUAUCAUCAUUCAUGAUAAAAUACCGUUGGUCUUGUGAAUACUUGCUUUUAUCGUUAUUUAUCAAAAGAGUAAUUAACAUGACGGUGCGUACAGGAAUGGACAAAAGCCUCGUAGGAAAGUGGAAUACGGAUGUACCAUUAGGUUUCCCGUCAGGAAGACUUUUGAGUUAUAUAACUAAGGUGAUGUAAAAUUUGGCAAUAGAUAUACAAUUUUUAUGCCAAAAAGACAUCAACCUUAACCUUUUUGAAUACAGGUUUAUUUAUUUGAAUGGAUAUUAAUUUUUCUGAUGAUAGAGAGUACAAAAUUUUGCAGGAUUUUGAAAAAUUGAAUAAUGAAAAUAAACGUCAUGGGGGUAAUUAAAUGAGACUGGUGUAACUAUAAUAGAAUAUCUAGAGUUAUAACAUCCAUGAAUACAUUAUCAGAAUCCGGUACCAUCUUGACGCCAGGAACGUCGAAAUCAUUCAAUGAUAAAUAUUCUUAUUACAUAUUUCAUCUCGCGUCUUCCUCAGAACACUGUAGCAAUGUCUCUACAGAGAAAUUCCUGUGACAUAUCAAACAAAAGUUAAGGUAAAAAAACAGUUUAAAAACUGACAAUUUCCCUGGAUUCAGGAUGGUUUCUUCUUUACGUUCAAGAUCAUCUCUAAUGUACAUGCACCUACUCCUGAUUUCAGCCAUGUUGGGUCCAUUGUCAUUACCAUUCACACUUCAUGUGCUACUUUGUAGAAUAAAAUGCAUAGUAAUACUAA